ACGUGGACCGCGGAGCUGCUGCGGCUCGCGACAGAUCGCGGGCUCCGGGCGCCGCGGCUCCAGGCAAAGGGAACCGCCAGGGAGGGCAGGAGAGCGCGCCCGGGCCGGGCCCCAGCCGCCUCCGCCCCAGCUCCCCUCCGCUCCCCUCCCGCUCCAUGGCUCCGCGGCCGCCGCCGCCCAUGCCGCCCUCCAGUCCGGAGGGGCCUCUCGGCAGCGGGUACGAACACUCGAUCAAGGACUAAGCGGCACCGCUGCCUCCUCGCUGGCUACUCUCCACCUCCUAAGGAAGGCCGAGACGCGAGAAGACAGGAGCGAGAAAGGAAGAGCGAGCAGAAGCGAGCGGGAAGUCGGGCUCUGGGCACCGCGGGACAGUACAGCCCGGAGGAGGCUGCGCCCGGGGCGGCGGGCAGAGCGCGCAGCUGCGCCGCUGGGUUGCGCCGAGCUCCAGGGCCCAGCGGCGGCGGAGAGGCUUCUCGGUGCCCCAGGCCUGCCCCGCGCACCUGCCCCGGGCGCUGCCCCAGACUCACCUGGCUCCCGGAGUCCCCUUCCCCAUCGCCGCCGCUGCAGCCGGAGCGGGGCUCCGAGGGCCUGGAGCACGGCCGGGUCUAAUAUGCCCGGAGCCGAGGCGCGAUGAAGGAGAAGUCCAAGAAUGCGGCCAAGACCAGGAGGGAGAAGGAAAAUGGCGAGUUUUAUGAGCUGGCCAAGCUGCUCCCGCUGCCGUCGGCCAUCACCUCGCAGCUGGACAAGGCGUCUAUCAUCCGACUCACCACCAGCUACUUGAAGAUGCGGGCCGUCUUCCCCGAAGGUUUAGGAGACGCGUGGGGACAGCCAAGCCGCGCGGGGCCCCUGGACAGCGUCGCCAAGGAGCUGGGAUCGCACUUGCUUCAGACUUUGGAUGGAUUUGUUUUCGUGGUAGCAUCUGAUGGCAAAAUCAUGUAUAUAUCGGAAACAGCUUCUGUGCAUUUGGGCUUGUCUCAGGUGGAGCUCACGGGCAACAGUAUUUAUGAGUACAUCCACCCUUCCGACCACGACGAGAUGACAACAGUGCUUGCGGCCCACCAGCCCCUUCACCAUCACCUGCUCCAAGAGUAUGAGAUAGAGAGGUCAUUCUUUCUGCGGAUGAAGUGUGUCUUGGCGAAAAGAAACGCGGGCCUGACAUGCAGCGGAUACAAGGUCAUCCACUGCAGCGGCUACUUGAAGAUCAGGCAGUAUAUGCUGGACAUGUCCCUGUAUGACUCGUGCUACCAGAUCGUGGGGCUGGUGGCCGUGGGCCAGUCGCUGCCGCCCAGUGCCAUCACAGAGAUCAAGCUGCAUAGUAACAUGUUCAUGUUCAGGGCCAGCCUCGACCUGAAGCUGAUCUUCCUGGAUUCCAGGGUGACCGAGCUGACCGGGUAUGAGCCACAGGACCUGAUCGAGAAGACCCUCUACCAUCACGUGCACGGCUGUGACGUCUUCCACCUCCGCUACGCACACCACCUCCUGCUGGUGAAGGGCCAGGUCACCACCAAGUACUACCGGCUGCUGUCCAAGCUGGGUGGCUGGGUGUGGGUGCAGAGCUACGCCACUGUCGUGCACAACAGCCGCUCGUCCCGGCCACACUGCAUCGUGAGUGUCAAUUAUGUCCUCACGGAUAUCGAAUACAAGGAACUGCAGUUGUCCCUGGACCAGGUGUCUACGUCCAAGUGCCAGGACUCCUGGAGGACUGCCUUGUCUACCUCACAAGAAACUAGGAAAUUAGCUAAACCCAAAAAUACGAAGAUGAAGACAAAGCUGAGAACAAACCCUUACCCCCUACAGCAAUACAGCUCGUUCCAAAUGGACAAACUGGAAUGCAGCCAGCUGGCAAACUGGAGAGCCAGCCCCCCGGCGAACGCCCUGGCGCCCCCAGAACAGCAGCUCCAUUCAGAAAGCAGCGACCUUUUGUACGCCCCGUCCUACAGCCUGCCCUUCUCCUACCAUUAUGGACACUUCCCUCUGGACUCUCACGUCUUCAGCAGCAAAAAGCCAGUGUUGCCGGCCAAAUUCGGGCAGCCCCAAGGAUCCCCGUGUGAGGUGGCACGCUUGUUCCUGAGCACCCUGCCAGCCAGUGGUGAAUGCCAGUGGCAUUACGCCAACCCCCUAGUGCCUAGCAGCCCGUCUCCAGCUAAAAACCUCUCCGAGCCACCGGUGAACGCUGCUCGGCACGGCCUCAUGCCAAACUAUGAAGCGCCCGCCGCCGCCGCGCGCAGGUUCGGCGAGGACACCGCGCCGCCGCCGCCGCCGCCGCCGCCGCCGCCGCCGAGCUUCCCGAGCUGCGGCCACUACCGCGAGGACCCCGCGCUGGGCCCGGCCAAGGCCGCCCGCCAGGCCGCCCGGGACGGGGCGCGGCUGGCGCUGGCCCGCGCGGCGCCCGAGUGCUGCGCGCCGCCGGCCCCCGAGCCCCCGGGCGCGCCUGCGCAGCUGCCCUUCGUGCUGCUCAACUACCACCGCGUGCUGGCCCGGCGCGGGCCGCUGGGGGGCGCUGUGCCCGGCGCGCCCGCCCUCGCCUGCCGCCCCGGCGCCCCCGAGGCGGCGGCCGGCGCGCUGCGGCCCCGGCCCCCCGGCCCCGCCGCCGCCUCGCCGCCCGGCGCGCCGCUGCCGCACUACCUGGGCGCCUCGGUCAUCAUCACCAACGGCAGGUGACGUCGCGCAGGGCUGCCCGCAGGGAGAAGCCACAGGCCAGGCCUCGGGCUCCCGUUCUCCAGAGCGCAGCCGAGUUACGAGGGGCGAGCUGUACAUGCACGGUUUAAAUUAAUUUAUACAGAGACGACUGUUUUAAUAGGACGCCGCGGCCGCCUUCUAGAUUUUGACGUAGAUCCCCCCAAGGCCGGGGCAGGGGACUGCGG